AUGAUCAGACGGACUACAGGCUCUCUGUACUCAUUAUGUCGAUCUGUCUACAUCCCUGUGAGGACAUUUGCUUCUAACCAAGAGCUGUUUGAUAAAGCUCAGAAGGACCUGAAGACGUUAAAAGAAGAGCCAGAUGUGGAUGUCAAGUUGCAAAUGUACGGCCUAUUCAAACAGGCUACUGUUGGGGACGUCCAGGGCAGUCGCCCAGGUAUGAUGGACUUUGCUGGGAGGGCGAAGUUUGAUGCUUGGACAAAGGUGAAAGGACUUAGUAAGGAAGAGGCGCAAGCGAAGUAUGCCAAAAUAGUUGAGACGUUGUUGGGCGAGCAGGCACCUCCACCUCCAGCUGGAUCUGCCCCGAUGGGAUUGACGCCUGUUGAAGGGCUAGAUGUGCGUUCAAUCUUUAUUCAUUCUAGUAGUUCUUCUAUUAUGGCUUCCAUGGGAACACCGUAG